AUGUCAGUUGACAUUUUCGAUGCAGAUUUAUCAGUUAGUCCUACGCCAGCCAGCACCGUAUUACCAGCACGUUUGGCCGUCAAAACUCUUCCUCCAGACAUUCUAAUACGCAUUCUUAAAUAUCUUCCAAUAUGCUCGCUCAUAAACUUUGCGCAAGCGUGUCGAAGAUUCAAAGUUCUUGUAUAUGACGAUGAACUUUGGGAAAGUCAUUUGAAAAUACUCGGAGAGUGGGAAGAUCCAAUUCCGGAACUUGAAAUAGCAACGGAGACAGAAAUAGAACCAGAUGUAGAGGAAAAUGUAGAGAAAAACGUAGAUAAUAACAAGCUCACAUAUGAAAAUGCGAGAGACACUAUAAAAGGAUUAGUCAAUGCUGUACUAGAUGCGGCACCUUUAAGGAGCACAUUAGUUCCAUCAAUAAGCACGUUAGCUCCAUCAAUAAAGCCCGCAACACAUGACUCUUCUGUGGUUUUAUAUACUUCUGGGAAUCUGCUAGAUUUCGCUUCUCAUGACGAGAAUUCACAAAGAACAUUGAGUUUGAUACCUGGACUUUCACCCGAUCCGUUUUCACAAAAGUCUCGUGCCGCGUCGACUGGCUUUGCACGUACUCGAUUCAAGGAGAUAUACAUGGACUUGAUACCGUAUUAUUUAGAUUUUAGAUAUAGACGAACUGACAGUAAAGUAUUUAAAGAAUUUCCUGAUCAAUUCGAGCAGGCUGGGAUGCUGUCGAAAUUGGCUACUUUUGGAAAGUUGAAUAUCGUACAUGACUCUGAUCAGAUAAAUAAUGCCAUCGAGACUACGAUGGAAUACAUGGAAAAUUCGGCAUUGCACGAUUUUGAAUUGGCAUACGAUGCUCUAAAUGUGCCCGGGCUACGGAAAUGCGCAAGUUUAUUAACGGAAUUGAACGGGGGUAACUCUUGCGUACAAUCAUUUAUACAAAAGAAUUCGAUAUUUUUCGAUCGUCUUCAUGAUCCAAUGGAAAAUUUCAACGUAUCUACUGGUGAGCAUGAUUACGCGCCAAUGAAAGAGUUUUUCAAAUACGUGGAAGAAGAACUUGUCAAGCAAGCAAUACUUAUCGGACAAGUAUUCCCCAAGGAAGUACCAGUCUUUCAUACGUUUUGUGAGCGGGUUAUUGAAGAUGUCGUUACAGAUUACGUGACGACCGUGCUGGAAGAGAUACAUAAAUUGGGUACAAUACCAUACUUGAAAACAGUCAUCAUAAUAUUCCAACUGUAUCAACAUGUCGCUGAGGUGUUAUGGAAGGAAGCCUCUCCGGGACUCGGUCAAAUAAUUGCAGAGGAUUUGUUGUAUCAAAGGUUUGAACCAAUUGCAGAAAUAUACAUGGCGGAAGAAUUAGCCCUGGUAAAAUUCAAGAGUGAAGAAGAGGUUGAAAAGUGGAACAAGAAGCUGCUGGAUGAGUCCGCUGAAGCGAGACAAGCGCUGUUAAAUAAUGCUAAUAGAGAAGUGUAUAGGCGCACUUAUCUCUCAUCUUUUCGCAAAAUGCUAAAACGUUCAUCCAAUCGCAAUCGCAAUUCAGCGACAACAUCUCCAUCUCAGCCAUCCUCUCCAGUUGACAGACGAGCUAGUUUAAUUGGUAAUUCACCAGAUGGGAUUAUGAAUAUAACUGAUCUACAGAUGAUGAUGAUCGACUCUAAAUUACAUAAACUGCAACAGCUGCUAAGUCUUGAAACGGCUUUACAAAUGAUACAUCUUAAUAAGGAAUCUCUGAGGAGGGUUGGUUGCUUGGUUGGAUAUCCUGACAAGAUGGGUGAAAAGGUACAAGAAACACUGGAAUCUAUCUUUAUAACGCUUUUGGAUACUUUAGGAACAUUGCAUAUUAAGCCUGGUUUUGAUAUUGCACUCCGACACAUUGGGGAACAUAAACCUGAUGCAGAAUCAACAAACACGGGUCUUGCGCCACUGGUGGAGUUCUUCGAACUCGUUCAUAUUGUUGACUUGAUACAGCAGAUGAUACAAGUAUACUAUGACGACGAGAUGUGUCGAUUCGUCGAUAAACACGAUUUUCUAAGUAGAUGCAACAAGGAGAAAAAGAGGUUUGAACAAAUUCUUGAUGAGAGCGUUGCUGCUGGUUUAAACAAAGGCAUACAAGCAUUAAUGGACCAAGUCGAAUUCAUUUUGAUGACGGAACAACAACCUGAAGAUUUUCGACCAGCCAAUAAUACACCAUUGGAAUUAAAGCCGUCCAAGGCUUGCGUACAUACUGUUCAAUGUCUGGAAUCGCAUACCAAGCUAGUCGAAGGAUGUGCAGAUCAGCACACGUUAGAUGUAUUUUAUCAGGAAAUAGGGCUGAGAUUCUUCAGUGUUUUACUCAAGCAUCUGAAGAAAUUUGUUGUCAGCAUCGAUGGAGGGUUCCAAGUGAUAAGUGAUUUAAAUCAUUACACGUCCUUCAUAACGACUCUUCAACAAUCUUCGAUAACUCCCUUCUUCAUAGCGCUCAAAGAAAUGGGCAACGCAUAUAUUAUUUCGACAGCGACAGAUGUUGGAAUCUUUAUUCGUGAGGCAGAGCGAUUCAAGGGAAUCCUGAGGGCUGAGGAUGUGUAUGAGUUUGUGCAGAUGAGAGAGGAUUGGGCAGAGAUUAAGAAAGAAGUCGAGAAACAGUUGUUUGGGUUGAAGGCUGAAGACUGUGUUGUCAUGUAA